AUGGAAGCAUCUCGGCGGCAAUGUUCAAAACCGGUGGCAGGGGUGUGGGUGUGGCAGGGUGUGGGACUCGCUGCUGUUUACCUCCUGAUCAUCACCGUGGGCUUACUGGGGAACAUUACUUUAGUUAAGGUUUUUGUGUCCAACAGCGCAAUGAGAAGUGUCCCCAACAUCUUCAUCUCCAGCUUGGCAGCUGGCGACCUGCUUCUCCUGGUGACCUGCGUCCCCGUGGACGCUGCGAGGUACUUUUUCGAGGAGUGGGUCUUUGGUACAGUGGCUUGUAAACUCAUUCCCCUUAUCCAGCUCACUUCAGUGGGAGUGUCGGUGUUCACUCUAACCGCCCUCAGCGCCGACAGGUAUAAGGCAAUUGUAAACCCCAUGGACAUCCAGGAGUCCAGCGCUGUCCUCCACACCUGUCUGAAGGCAGUCACCAUAUGGAUGAUCUCGAUGGUCCUGGCCAUACCAGAGGCUGUGUACUCACAGGUGGUCCAGCACCACAACGGAGACAACAAGAGUUUCAGCGCCUGCGUGCCUUACCCGCUCUCUGAUAAGCUGCACCCGAAGAUCCACUCGGUGUUGAUAUUCUUGGUCUAUUAUCUCAUUCCCCUCAGUAUUAUCAGCAUCUACUACUUCCACAUCGCCCAGACCCUGAUCAAGAGCGCACACAACAUGCCUGGAGAGAGCAGUGAUCAUGCCAAGCGACAGAUGGAAACCCGCAAACGCCUGGCCAAGAUCGUUUUGGUGUUUGUCGGCCUGUUUGCGCUGUGCUGGUUCCCCAACCACGUGCUCUACAUGUACCGCUCCUUCCACUACGGCCAGAUCGACCCCUCCCUCGGGCACCUCAUGGUCACUGUGCUAGGCCGGGUGCUGAGCUUCUGUAACUCCUGCGUCAAUCCGUUCGCCCUGUACCUGCUGAGCGAGACCUUCCGGAGACACUUCAACAGCCACCUCCGGUGUAAGAGGCAGCACCGGCGUUCCGCGUCCAGCAGCUACUUCCAGAGCACCUCCGCCAUGCGCAUGACGUCCGUGAGAAGUAGCAACAGGAACACCGUCGCCAAUGGACACAGCCUCAAACAGGAGUCAAUGGCCUAA